CAGAGGAGAGAAGCGCGCCAGUCUGUUAAACCCAGCAGAAAAGGCGAGGGUUUAAGACGUUUUGUGAAGGAAAGCGGACAGAAGCUUUAUAAUCGUACAUUAAUCUGGUCUGCUCUCUAGUCUCGAGAAAAUGCCCAACACGCGCUCUCAAAGCCAUCCCACCCUCCAGUUUCCCAAGCGCAAGUCGUUCAAGACAGUCUCCCGCUCCAAACGUUCCCCUCAACCUCCAGAAAAUGGAGUGGCCGUCCCUCUUUCUCCGAAAAUGUCUACCGUCGAGGACGUCCGAGACACUCCUCUUUCUCCCAGAAACCCCGUGCUCAAAAGUAGCUCUCUGUCUGAAAGGAUACCCCUCAGCCCACGCAAGCGUACAGGUGAUGAGAACGCAUGCAAUCUGCCUACCCCUCUGCAGGGCUCCCCUCCCAAACAGAGCCGCCCCUCUCCAUGUUCCCCUCGCAAGAUAUCUUUUAAUGAGAACACCCCUGUCUUUAACUGCCCCCCUCAGUCUAGCCCCACAUCCCCCUCUACCCGCUCCUCUCCCAAAUGCCCUCGGGGGAGCUUGAGUACUGACUCCUCAGCGCCGAAGGAGGUCCCUGUAACACAACGUUUUGCAGAGCAAAAGUCCCACUACCAGAGUGUGAAGCAGGUGCUCCACACAGCCGUGCCAGAGCGACUGCUCUCGCGCGAGUCGGAACGGGCCGUCAUUGUCUCCUUCCUUGAGAGACACGUUGUCCCCGGCAAGCCCUCCAGUCUCUACAUGUCCGGAGCUCCUGGGACCGGGAAGACGGCCUGCCUGAACUGUGUGCUUCAUGAACGCAAGGCUCUCAUCGCAGGGGUGCAGACCGUGGUGAUUAACUGCAUGACGCUCCGCAGCUCCCAGUCCAUCUUCCCUCUGUUGGCUGAGAAACUGGGAGUCUCCGGGGGACAUGGUGUUGGCCCCCUCGGGAAGCUGCUGACCAGUUCCGGCCCCACUGUUCUGUUGGUUCUGGAUGAGAUGGAUCAGCUGGACAGCAAGGCCCAAGAUGUCCUCUAUACCAUCUUUGAGUGGCCUUAUCUUCCUAAGUCUCGACUGUGCCUCAUUGGCAUUGCCAACGCACUGGAUCUGACGGACCGUAUUCUGCCCAGACUGCAGGCCAGACCUCGCUGCAGACCACAGCUCCUUCACUUCCCCCCAUACAGCCACCAGGAGCUGAUGGCCAUCGUCCAGGACCGGCUCACGCAGGUGUCUGGGGAGGCUGUUCUCGAUCCAGCUGCUGUGCAGUUUUGUGCCAGGAAAGUGUCUGCAGUGUCAGGCGACGCACGCAAAGCUCUGGACAUCUGCAGGAGAGCUGUAGAGAUGGCCGAGGCAAGCAGCAGGGCUAAAACGCCGUCUGAGUCACCAGCAAAUACGAGAGUGUCCCGCGUGAGCAUUCCCCAGGUGGCCCGGGUGCUGUCAGAGGUGUAUGGGGACCGCAUGGCCUCCGGUGGAGGGAGUGAGGGGGAGAAUUUCCCCCUGCAGCAGAAACUGCUGGUCUGCUGCCUGCUCCUGAUCACACGCCACGGCAAGAGCCGAGAUGUUCAGCUGGGUAAGUUAUGCGAGGUCUACAGUAGACUGUGUCAGCAGAGGCAGGUGGGUGGAGUUGGCCAAGGGGAGUGUCUGUCCCUGUGCACCCUCCUGGAGAGCAGAGGUAUCUUCUCCCUCAAGAAGGCCAAGGAGGCACGACUCACCAAGAUUUCUCUGAAGAUUGAAGAGAAGGACGUGGAGAAUGCGUUAAAGGACCGUACGCUACUGGGCAGCAUUCUAGCUGCAGGCCUGCCGUAAUGUUUCCAUGACGACAGGCACCUUCACACCACCUUGUACAGAUAUUUAUUUUGUCUUUUUUCUUUUUAAUAAAUGCAUUAUAAAGUCAGUAAGAAUGAAUCAACCUCCAUGGAUUGUGUACCAGUGAUUGGCUUAAUCGUACAUUGCAGUAGUAAAUUUUUAUUAUUUUUUUUUUGUGUGCAUUUUGUUUUUAUCAAUUUUACAGCAUGUUGGUAAAUACUUUUUAAGAGGUAGUUUAAUUUUUAUGGAUAUCCAAGUUUUUGUAUAUGGGUAACAGGUAAUUACUUGGUAUGCAAAUAAUAAAAUGGCUUUGUUUGCUUGCAUGAGUAA